AUGACUAGUCCGCUGUCGCCUGGCAUAGUACCCGAGAAUGUUGACACUGAGACAAUAUCUAAACCUUUCACAGAAAGUGGGAAAUGUAAAGAUGAAGUCACGUUAACAUUUGACGAUGGACAAAUACUCUUUGUGUCACAAAAUUUCUUAAUUUUGGCGUCGCCGGUAUUUGAAGCAAUGCUCUGUGGGGAUUUCAAAGAAACUCAAACGCGGAAUGUUGACCUGAAAGAAAAGAAAUAUGACAGCUUUUUAGAGUUUCUAAUGUGCAUUCACCCUGGAACGACAACAACUGUUAACAGAGACAAUGUUCUGGAUAUGAUACAUAUUGCUGAAGAAUAUCAGGUUACACGUAUCGUAUACCAAUGUAAACUGUGCCUGAAACAGUGGCUCAACGAUGAAUUUGAGACAGCACGAAAGAGGAAAUAUAUUGAGGAUUAUGUAAAACCGGCUCGAAACUGCCUAUAUAUCCUAAAGACAGCUGUAGUGGUAAACAACAGUGAGUUAAUAACACUUGGCGUUGAAAUAGUAUCUCAAUUCGGGCAUGAGAUAUAUCUUGGGUUACAUAAAACAGAUUUCAUUCCCGACAAAAAAAUGUUCAGUGAAUGUACAGAGGUCUUCAAAAGUUUACCAGCUGAUGUAAAGUAUGACGUACUUGCUCGGAGAUUGGCACUUUACCCUGACAAUAACUUCAAAGUGGUAGAGUCAGUAAAAUUGGGAAAACAAGUCUCACAAUCCGGUAACUAA